CCGUUCGAGAAAAGCUGGCAGCCCAUGUAGCCCGAGUCUAUUCUGGGACAUAUGCCUGAAUCACAUCAUACAAAGGAUAUUCAAAAGAAUAUCGGCUGUUCCACCUCUGCUGCACUGAGCACUACCUGUCCUGCCACCACCCGCACUGAGCUCCAGCCCCUUAUGGCACACCCUGCCCCGCCGUCUGAGCAUGAUAGCUCCCAGGAGGACAGGAAGGAGAAGGGCCUGAUGGAGCCGAGACCCACAGCCCUGCAGAGGACCAGAGCCUGUUUCCUCAAGGGAAUCUCCUACUUCUCUGGAGACAUGCAGCCAUUUGGAAAAUGGAUGGAAAAGCAGUUCUUCUUGCUGCAGUUGCUGGACUGGGUUUUGCGUGGAGCUGCUCAGGUGAUGUUCGUCAACAACCCUCUGAGUGGCCUCAUCAUUUUCGCCGGCCUCAUCCUGCAGAACUACUGGUGGGCUCUCAAUGGCUUUGUGGGCACGCUCUUUGCCACCAUUUCUGCCCUCAUUCUGCAGCAGAACAGGAGUGCAAUAGCUGCUGGGCUGUAUGGUUACAAUGGCAUCCUGGUGGGUCUUUUGAUGGCUGUGUUCUCCAACGCGGGGGACUGGUACUGGUGGCUCCUGCUACCCAACAUCUUCAUGUCCAUGAUGUGCCCAAUUGUGUCCAGUGCCCUGGCAUCAAUUAAUAGUCGCUGGGAUCUGCCGGUGUUCACCCUGCCCUUCAACAUCCUGGUGUGUCUACACAUGGUUGCCACUGGCCACUACAACCACCACUUUCCCCAAGUCCUCAUUCAACCUCGCUCAGAGCUCCCCAACAUCACCUGGGCUGAAAUCGACGUAGCCAAGCUGUUCAUGUCGGUUCCUGUGGGAAUAGGCCAGGUGUAUGGCUGCGACAACCCUUGGACAGGAGGAAUCUUCAUCAUCUCACUCUUCAUCUCCUCCCCCAUCACCUGUGCUCAUGCUGUCCUGGGAUCUGCCGUGGGCAUGGUUUCAGGUCUGGCUCUGGCAGCUCCUUUUGGAGACAUUUACUUCGGCCUGUGGGGGUACAACUGUGUGUUAGCCUGCAUUGCCAUCGGCGGGAUGUUUUACGCUCUCACCUGGCAGGUGCACCUGCUUGCACUCACAUGUGCUUUUUUCUGUGCUUACCUCGGCUCAGCCAUUGCCAAUAUCAUGUCCAGGUUUGGUCUGCCAGCCUGUACCUGGCCAUUCUGUCUCUCUGCCCUCACUUUCCUCCUCUUAACAACGGGAACCAACAAGAUAUUCAAGCUGCCGCUGGCCGAAGUCACCUACCCUGAGAAAAACCUGCGCUUUUUCUGGAAGCUCAAGAAACAGGAGAAAAAGGAGAAGGCUGAGAAAGAGAGGCAAGAGAGGGAGGAGCAGCAAAAAGCCAUCGAAGAUGAAAUUCUGCUGAAUGUGAAAGAGAAACUGAGGAUAGAGCUACAAAGAAUGGAAGAAGGGAGAGUAGCUAGUGAGGAAACAGAGAAUAAAGAUGAUGAGACACACGUUAAAGACCAUGAACCUGAGGUCAAACAACAGGAUACUGAAGAACAAAUCAGACAAGGUGAUCCAAUCGAGAUCACUCCUUCUGAUUAUGUUUAGUAUGCACAUCUAUGCAGAGAGAGCGGUGAUACGCAAAUGGCAUUUACAGUCCAGUGUGAAGGAUUCAGGGGUAUAUUUUGGCAGAAACUGUAUAUAUUUUUAAAUUAUUUUAACUUUUCAGUUGCAGUUUGGUUCAGUUUAAGGAAUAAAUCCACUUGGUUAUGUUUACAUAACAAACCUGGGCAAUUAUGGUUACCCACCAAGACUACUUGGUUAGGUUCAGGCCACAAAAAUACUUGAUUAUGUUUGGAGGAAAAGCCUCAAUGGAUGGAUGGCACAAAAAAGACAAAAAUCUUAUACACUUGACCUUUCAAUGUAUGAAGAAUGUAAAUAAGUCUAUCUGUAAAUAUUCUUUCACACUAUUUGUGUAUUUUAUCAUGAACCAAAAAAUGUAAGUUUUGUUUAACUUGAUGUUUCACUGAUUGAUUUGUUGAUUAAAUGUUGCAUAUUUGUAAAACUUUGUUUAUGCAUUAAAUAUAUAUAUAUUUUUAAAAACUGUCA